AGCGUGGAUCUCAAACUAUGGCAUGGAAGACUUCCGAGAGCAGGUCGGCGGCCUUUGGGAGCAACUGAAGCCGCUGUACCAGCAGUUGCACGCGUACGUGCGCCGCCACCUGCGUCUCAAAUACGGCGACGAGGUGGUCAAGGCCAAGGGGCCCAUCCCGGCCCAUCUGCUGGGCAACAUGUGGGCCCAAACCUGGGGCAACAUCGCAGACAUCAUGCUUCCUUACCCUAAUGCGACGUCGACUGGAAAUGUCACAGCGAGUUUGAUUAAAAAGGGCUACACUCCGUUGGACAUGUUUAAACUCUCGGAAGAGUUCUACUUGUCACUCAACCUGACCGCAAUGCCUGAAAUGUUCUGGGAAAAGUCCAUAAUUGAAAAGCCCGCGGACGGCAGAGACCUCGUCUGCCACGCUUCUGCUUGGGACUUCAGCGACGGAGAAAAUUUCAGGAUCAAGAUGUGCACGCGCGUCAACGAGGAGGAUCUAUACACCGUUCACCACGAGAUGGGCCACGUGCAAUAUUUCUUGCAGUACAAGCACCUGCCGAAAAAUUACCACGGCGGCGCCAACGAGGCUUUCCACGAGGCUGUCGGCGACGUAUUGGCCCUGUCGGUGUCCACGCCAAAGCACAUGAGAGCCAUCGGACUCAUUGACGAACUCGAAAAGGGUGACGAGCAGGCGGAAAUGGAGGCAAAUAUCAACCACUUGUUCUACAUGGCCUUGGAAAAAAUCGCAUUCCUGCCAUUCGCCUAUGAACUGGACCUGUGGCGCUGGAACGUCUUCAAUGAAACCACCACUAUUGACAACUACAACUGCGACUGGUGGAAACUUGUUCACGAGUUUCAGGGACUCGAGCCGCCAACCAACAGAACCUCGACUGAAUUCGACAUUGCCUCCAAAUACCACAUUGUAGCCGACGUGCCGUACAUUCGCUACUUCGUCAGCUUCGUGAUCCAAUUCCAGUUCCACAAGGGACUAUGCCAAGCUGCCGGACAGCUAGAGAACAACGCGACCCUGAACGAAUGCGACAUUUACAAUAGCACCAACGCUGGCAACCUGCUCGGCUCCAUGCUCCAGUUGGGCUCGUCCAAGCCGUGGCAGGACGCAAUGGAAAUCGUGACAGGACAGCGUGAAAUGGACGCUAGUGCAAUCCGCGAGUACUUCGCUCCUCUCGAGAAGUGGCUCCAGGAGGAAAACGAGCGGACCGGCGAGUUUAUCGGAUGGGAAGAACCGUCCAACACUUGCUUCUCUACAAAUCCAUCUCCGUGCGAAUCUGGACUCUAAGACUAAGCCACAAUAACUGUGAUUUCAAUUUUGUAGAAUUUUUUUAAAUAUAAUAUUAACAUUUAAUAUUUAUGCUCACAUCAUUCCAGCUGUUUCAUACUUUUAAAAAAUGUCGCUUUUUGAGUUAGACCAAAUUCCAUUAUGUAGGUGCGAUAAUAAACGAAGCUUCAAAUUCCACU